GAUUUUUAUUACAAAGUUGUGCAAUUAUUGAUUGAAAUGAAAGAUGUGACUCUUGAAGAAAUUACUGCACAAAGUUUCGUUUUCUUUUUGGCUGCUUUUGAAACAUCCUCAAGUACAAUGUCUUGGGCAAUGUAUGAAUUGGCUAAAAAUCCACACAUUCAACAAAAAGUCAGAGAUGAAAUUAAUACAGUUGUAGCUAGGUGUGGUGGAAAACUCACUUAUGAAGGCAUUCAAGAAAUGAAAUAUUUGAGCCAAGUAGUUGAUGAAACCCUUCGGAAGUACCCUCCCGGAGCUGCACUCAAUAGAAGAUGUACCCAAGACUACAAGGUACCUGACCACGACAUUAUUAUUAAACAAGGUACCCGAGUUUUUAUUCCCGUCCUGGGCAUACACUACGACGAAGAAUAUUAUCCGGAUCCUGAAAAAUUCGAUCCUGAAAGAUUCAAUGAAGAAAACAUAAGAUCGAGACCCCAGUACGCAUACAUACCAUUUGGAGAAGGUCCAAGAAUUUGCAUAGAUGUUCCGUGGUCGAGGUCUUUCUCGAGUACCCAUCGCGACUUCUGCUUCCAGUGUUUCUUUAGCGAACGCCACCCGGCCGCCGUCACCGACGAUGAGUUGACUGUUACACAAAUUAGGCAUUAUAUUUAUUACAGCAAUGUAGAAAAAAAAUUAUCCAACCAGCAUUUAGACACAACUAUAUCACUAGACGAUACAAGCCCACAAACUAAUUCAUGAGGAAACAUUAAGAAGAAGGAUUAAUUAAAAGACCUGUUAACAAAAAAAAUUCAAAC